GUGCGAGAUUUAGGAAUCGAACAUAUGUUGUGGGUAAGUUGGGGGUGGUAAGAAAGAAAAAGAAGCCCAAUUCAAAGCACUAGGAAAAACAAAAAAGGGUCCGAACACAACACACGAAACAUUUCCGCCGCACUUCAUUUUCCGCCGUCACCGUCGACGGCGAUUUCCUCACUUUUCCGGGUUUAGCUGAUAAAUCUUUGUUAUAGUUGAAAGAGAUGGGUCCUACUUCAUUUCCUGAUAUUGGCAAGAAAACCAGAGAUAUCUUAAUGAAAGAUUACAACUUUGAUCACAAAUUGACUUUGUUGGUGCCGAGUGCCACUGGAAUGGGAUUGACAGCCACUGGUGUCAAGAAGGACCAAGUUUUUAUUGGUGAUAUAAGUACUCAAUAUAGGAGAGGGAACACAACUGUUGAUGUGAAAGUUGAUUCUUACUCUAAUGUUGCCACAAAGGUGACAUUUGAUGAAACAUUACCCGGCGUCAAAACAGCUCUUACCUUUAACAUUCCUGAUCAGAAAUCUGGCAAGCUAGAUGUGCACUACCGGAAUUAUCAUGCUGCAGUGAACUCUAGUAUUGGCUUGAAUCCUACUCCUGCUUUAGACUUCAAUGCUGCCAUCGGCAAUGAAAACAUAAGUUUGGGUGGAGAGAUGGCGUUUGAUACUGCAUCUGCCUCACUUACCAAAUACAAUGCUGGGGUUACCAUCAACAAGCCAGAUUUUUCUGCAGCUUUAAUACUGAUGGAUAAAGGACAGACUCUCAAUAUUUCUUACUUUCACAUUGUGAAUCCAUCAACAGCUGUUGCAGCUGAAAUGAUUCACAGAUUUUCCAGUUAUGAGAACAGAUUUACGAUUGGUAGCUCACAUGUAGUUGAUCCUACAACAUCAGUGAAAACUCGUCUCUCCGACAACGGGAAGGUCGGAAUGUUGUGUCAGCGUGAAUGGAGGCCGAAGUCGCUGGUAACUUUUUCAGCGGAGUAUGACACCAAGGCCACUAACACAGCCUCUAAAUUUGGCAUUGCCCUCGCUCUUAAACCUUGAGCUCGAGCUGCUACCGCCCUUAAAUCUGGCAUUGAUAGAUUUGUUUCAGACCAUACAAAAUUUUAAGACCCAAAAACGGGUGGUGUUUUACCCAAAUGUUGAAAACUAGAGACUGAAAUGUAUCUAUGAGUAGACCAUUCUAAAGCAUUGAUGGGAUUUAGACCCAGUUUUGGAUAGUUGAAUGAUACAAAAAUCAGCAUCACAACGAUUUCUUUACUACAGAUAAAUUUGUGCUGAUAAUGAAUCUCGUUUUCAGAGAUUGUCUCUGUUCUUUGAUCUGAUAACAUAUCAUGUUAUAAGCAUAUCUUGUAUAACACUUUCGGAAAUUAUAAUAUUAUCUAUUUCUGAAUCUCA